AUGAGCAAUGACGAAGAUGGCGCGGCAUUAAUGACUGCGUUUAAAAAGAGGGGUACGGCUAGAGCGCUUUCAAAGGAGUCGUCAUUCUCACCACGUGCUCGUUUCACCGCCAUCAGCUCAGAUGGUGACGACAAUGCCAUGUCUAUCAAUACGCUGCCUCAGAAAAAAAGGGCCUUGUAUGUGCGAGUUUCACCGAAAAAGAUCAAUACUUCAGAAUACAAGUACUAUGAGCCCGUCGACGAGGUGGAGACUAUCCUUCGGGAGUUCGCGGGUCAUGAACUGCUGUACCAAGUCAGGUUGUUUGGCGGGCGCAUCAAGCAGGUUGACUUCGAAGAACUCCUUGAACUCCCUGGUGGCCCAGAAGCACUACAAGUUUAUCAGCCGGACGACGACCCGAACGACACCCCUAGCAACGACGACAACGAUAUGAAACUCCGCAAUAGAGCCUCGAAAGCCAAGAAUAAUGGUUUCGUGGACACAUCCACCAUCCCCAUCUCUUCAAGUGAAGACAAGGAUCAAGAUGAGCUCGAAUCGGACUCACAACGACGUCGCCCUGGUCCUCAGCGCACUAUGAAGCGUCGCCGAGGACGGCCGUCAAUGGCCCGCUCACAGAACAGUGACCGUGUAGCGUUGUAUACGGGCGAUGAAGACUCCGAAGAUCAGGGCGGCAGCCGUCGGCGUCGGAAACGCAAAGGCGCACAAGAACCUACACGUCGCUCGACAAGACAGCCGAUGCCAACGCAAAGCUACGAUGACGAGCAGGACGAGGACGAGGAAGAUGAAGAUACAGAUCAGUCCAGCGCUUCAGACAUACUGCAUUCAGACAUUAUGCCUGGUCGAAAGCGCAAACGGCGAACGACGCGCACCGCAAAGCCUGAAAAGGUACCCCGAGCUGGGACACGUCAAUCUGACCGCGCGAUACGUGCUACAAACAACAUGCAAGAGGCGGACAUGAACGACAUCUAUCGAUCAGACUCUACACCCAAGGUUGCUGCACAAAAGGUCUCGGUCGUGCGUGAGGUCUUUCCCAAACUCCCGCGAAGCGACCCUUUCCGCGCACGUCACGCUGAGGGCUGCGAAGUAUGCUUCGAUGGUCCCAACGUUGCGCCUUUGGUCUAUUGUCAAGGCUGCUCUCUUGCAUACCACAAAAACUGUCUCGGCAAUCGAUCGAACCGCGAUCAUCUGGUGAUCAAAGUCGGCGACGAGAACUUUGUACUGCAAUGCAAGCGGUGUAUCGGGUUCUAUAAGAAGAAAGACGCGACUGCCCCAGACUUGUCGAGGUGUCAAGACUGCUUUGUAUCAGGCGCGUCGUGCCGACCGUUCAGACGUCGGAAGACUACACAGCAAGAGAUGAAAGAGCGAGAAGAAAAUGACGGACACGAUCCUGUCGUUGAUGUCCCGUCUGAGUUGGUCAAUAAUCCUUCCAACGUUCUGUUUCGUUGCACCAAAUGCUCCAGGGCAUGGCAUUAUCACCAUUUGCCACCCCUGUCGCAGUACGCCAUGGAUAUCAAUCGAGAUGACGAUGAGAUGGCGGACGAUCGAUUUCGCGAGUACUCUGGCAAGUGGCUCUGCAAAGAGUGUGACGAGACGUCUAAUAAGAAGGUCGGUGGUAUCAUCGCUUGGCGCCCAUCGGAUGUUGAAACGUACCGGCCGGGUACUCCAUGCGAGUUAGUCUGCGAAGACGACAAGCAGUACUUGAUCAAGUGGGAGAACGAAUCUUACUUCCGCGCAGCAUGGCACUCGGGUGCCUGGACUUGGGGUGUGACAGCCUCAGUUCAACGGAAGGCUUUCUUCAAACGUGAAGAUGGGCCAAAAAUGCGAACCGAAGACGCCAUUCCAGAAGAAUAUCUUCGCAUUGAUAUUGUCCUUGACAUCAAGUACACGAGCUACGUUGAGGUGCGAAGCGAGGAGAUCGACAAAGCUCGCAUUAAGGAGGUCGAUAAAGCACUCAUCAAAUACAAGGGUCUUGGGUACGAAGACACUGUUUGGGAGAGUGUUCCCACUCCGGAAGACGGAGAAAGGUGGCUGGACUUCGUCACUGCAUACAACGAUUGGGUCGCUGGCCGUUAUGUAAAGAUUCCGAAGCAAGGCCCACUCAAGGGACGUCUUGAGAAAGCUCGCAGCAUGCCAUUUGCUAAGCUGGAGAGAGAAAAGCAACCUGACAAUCUCGUUGGUGGCGAGCUAAUGAAGUACCAGCUGGAGGGUCUGAAUUGGCUCUACUACAAAUGGUACGAGCAGAAAAAUGCCAUUCUCGCUGACGAGAUGGGCCUUGGCAAAACGAUCCAAGUCAUUGCCUUCAUGGCAACGCUCAUUCAAGAGCACAAUUGCUUCCCUUUCUUGAUCGUAGUGCCCAACUCGACGUGUGCCAACUGGCGGCGCGAGAUCAAGCAAUGGGCGCCUUCUCUGCGUGUUGUCGCAUACUUUGGCUCGGCGAAAGCUCGAGAAAUGGCCUACCAAUACGAGAUGUUUCCCGAAAAGACGAAAGACUUGCGAUGUCAUGUCGUGGUGACAUCCUAUGAUGCAGCUGCCGAUGAUAAUUGCAGGAAGUUUUUCAAGAGUGUCAGCUGGGCAGGUCUUGUAGUGGACGAAGGUCAGCGGCUGAAGAACGACAAAAGCCAGCUGUAUACCGCCCUCACGGCAGUGCGCGCACCUUUUCGGUUGCUAUUGACCGGCACCCCCCUGCAGAACAAUGCCAGGGAGUUGUUCAAUCUGCUGCACUUUCUGGACGACACCAUCAACGCCGCUGAGCUUGAAGAGCAGUACGCGGAGAUGACUGCCGAGAACAUUAGAGAACUACACAAUCAGAUUCGACCUUUCAUCCUCCGGCGAACCAAGGCUAAAGUCCUAACCUUCCUACCCCCACUUGGUCAAAUCAUUCUCCCUAUCUCCAUGAGUCACUUACAGAAGCAAGUCUACAAGUCGAUCUUGUCCAAGAGUCCAGAACUUCUAAAGGCCCUCUUUACCUCGGAUAAGCAGCUGAAACAGCAGGAGCGCGCCAACUUGAGCAACAUUUUGAUGCAAUUGCGCAAAUGUCUCUGCCAUCCAUUUGUCUACAGUCGCGAGAUCGAAGAACGGAGUGAUGUUGCUGCCGUCUCUCAUCGCAACUUAGUCGAAGCUUCCGCUAAGCUCAGUCUUUUGGAAAUGCUACUCCCAAAGCUCCAUGAACGCGGCCAUCGUGUGCUUAUUUUCAGUCAGUUUCUUGACAUGCUCAACAUCAUUGAAGACUUCCUGGAUGGCAUGCAACUCCCCUACCAGCGCCUAGACGGCACUAUGGGCUCUCUCGAAAAGCAAAAGCGGAUCGACCAAUUUAACGCACCAGAUUCUCCUCUUUUCGCCUUUCUUCUCUCCACUCGUGCGGGUGGAGUUGGAAUCAAUCUCGCAACUGCGGACACAGUCAUUAUUCUGGAUCCGGACUGGAACCCACAUCAAGAUCUUCAAGCAAUUGCUAGAGCCCAUCGUAUCGGCCAAAAGAACAAGGUGCUCUGUCUUCAGUUAGCGACACGAGCAUCUGUGGAGGAGAAAAUCAUGCAGAUGGGCAAGAAGAAGAUGGCUCUUGACAAAGUGGUCGUCCAGGACUUGGAUAGGGAAGACCCAGAAGAUGAGGAUGUAGAGUCUAUACUCAAGUAUGGUGCAGCAGAGCUCUUCAAGGACGACGACGCAGACCACGAUAUUCGAUACGACGACGCUUCCAUCGACAAGCUGCUUGAUCGUAGCCAGAUUGAGAACACCAAAACGGGCGACGACGACUCAGCAGAGUCACAGUUUGGCUUCGCUCGUAUCUGGGUGAACGAGAAGGGUACUCUGCAAGAUGACUUCGACACUGUAGAUGAAGAAAUUGCUCCAGACCCAGGUGUUUGGGAUAAGAUCUUGAAGGAACGACAAGCUGCUGCUGCGGCUGAGGCACUUGCGCGAGCAGAGGCCAUGGGUAGGGGGCGACGGGCUAAAGCAGCUGUUGACUACGCUACAGAGAAGAAAGACGCAGAGACCGCAUCUACCGUCGGCGACGACGACCAUUUCGAAGAUACUCUUACAGCACCACCCUCGCCAGGCAAAAAGAACAAGAAGCGUAAGGUCAGGGCAAGUUCCGAGAGUGACACCGACUUCCAAGCCGAUUCCGAAGAUGAGAGUGAGCCUGAGCAAGUUUUUGACGACAUCGACGCAGCCAAAGAGCUCGGACACGAACGUCGUCGUAGUACGACCAACAACGCCAAUUCCUCGCUGUACAAGCAAAAUGGCGCAGGUGCGUCCCAAAUUCCUCCAUUUCAAAUGUCAAAAUUUCAUGCAGUCACUUUCUCCAUGGACUCGCCAGCCACCAAACACAGGCCUGUGAAAUCAUUCGUCGUUCCGCCGAGGGGUGGCUUCAAGAGUACCUCAGGUCCGUCGCAACAGCUUAGCAGCGUCGAAGAGAUCACUGCUCCAGCUACUACACAUACUCGAGCCUCUCGUGAUGCCUCAUCCGGUUCUGUCGAAUGGAUUUCGUCUAACCAAGCGCCCGCGGCAAAAGCAGUAAAAGCUAAUGGAACGACAGUGAAACCUUUCGAACGCGCCCAUAUACCCAUCCGCAAUCCUCUUGAGCCGGCAUAUCGCGCUCAUAGCAAUCACAUCUGCCCAGCCUGUCACAAGGACCAUCCUCAAGGUGCUUGUGAGCUGAAAGCUGCGGGAGUGGAGCACUGCGGCCUGUGUGGUCUAGCGCACUAUGGUCACAGCCGUACAUGCCCACACAUCAAGUCCGAGACGCAAGUCCGCGAAAUGCUGGAAGCUCUCAAAAACUCACCAGAGAAGAAGGAACUCGUUGACGCCGCGAUGAAGUACUUGCGUGGCGUUAAGGGUACACUGGUGCAGCAGAAAAAGAAGGAUAGGGAGAAGGCGGCACUGGCCAAGGGUCAGCCUCUUCCGGCUCCUCCAUACUCUGGAGUCGGCCGCCCACCUAAGAAUGCAUAUGUGCGGCCGCCGCCCGGUCCUAUGAAUGGUAUCUUUGCAGGCCCUCAGCCUGGUGGCACCUGCUCAAACGGUCUGCCUAACUACGGCGUCCCAUCUGCACACCAUGGCCCUGCGAACGCACAACCAGGUAGUUCUGGUACUCAGGGUCAGCGCACGUUUGUAAACAACAAUCAAAUGGUACAACAGAUGGCGCAGCAGAUGCAUGGUCAAGGUUACGAUGACCAACACGUGGGGUCUGCUUUGCGAGGUUUCUUGGGGGGUAAUUAG